AUGUCUUGCCCUGCCUGUUUCAGCGGAGGUGUAUCCAAGAGCCAUCCAACCGGCACAGAAACCAGUAUCCACGGCCUGCCCACCUACGUCGCACAGCCCGCCGACGGAGUUACUCCUGAAGGCAUAAUCGUCUUUAUCACUGAUGCCUUCGGGUGGGACUUUGUGAAUAACAGAGUCCUGGCCGACCACUACGCCAAAAGGGGUGGAUUUCUGGUAUACGUUCCAGAUUUUAUGAAUGGCAAUUCACUGAGCCCCAGCGUCCUCGCUCUCAUGGACAAGAUCAUGGAACCAGGCUCUUGGCUCACAACUGUUGUGUAUAAACCGGCAUACGUACUCCAAGCAGCAAUCAGAACAAUCCCGUGGUUAAUCAAAACCCGUGUUUCGGUAUCCAAACCGCGGGUUUUUGCAUAUGUUCAAGCGCUGAGAACAUCUCCGCCUCCCUUUAGGACGGAUGAUCUUAAGAUAGGUGCUGCUGGUUUCUGCUGGGGCGGUAAACACGCGAUCCUCCUCGCCCACGACACGCCCUCAUCGCGCGUCCAGCGCCACCCCUCUCAACUCACCUCCACCUCCUCCACUCUCAGCCCCCUAAUUGACUGCUGCUUCACAGCCCACCCCUCCAGCAUCGACGUCCCGGCCGACGUAGACGCCAUCACCAUCCCGACCAGCGUCGCGAUCGGCGAUAGUGACAUGGCGCUGAAAACACCCCUGAUCCAGCAGAUGAAGCGGAUUCUCGAGGACAAGAAGAGGGGCGAUCAUGAGGUUGUUGUGAUGGAGGGUGCGAAGCAUGGGUUUGCGGUCAGGACGCAUCCGGAUGAUGUGCAUGAGAUGGAGUGUGCGGAGAAGGCAGAGGUGCAGGCUGUAGAGUGGUUUGGGAAGUGGUUUGCCUGA